GGUACAAUCUAUCUCAUAAACGUACAUGUCUUCUAUAUUGCGAAACGCAAUACACUUAAUUAAAUACAAUAAUGGACUUUUCGAGGAUAUUUUUCUUUGUGUUCGCCUGCAUUUUGGCAAUGAGUAUGGUGGACGCUAGCCCUAAAUGGAAGUUGUUUAAAAAAAUCGAACACAUGGGACAGAACAUUCGAGAUGGAAUCAUCAAAGCAGGGCCAGCGGUAGAAGUAGUGGGCCAGGCAUCAUCAAUUUAUAAGGGAAAAUAGUGAAGCACCUCCUGAAUUAAUAUUAAUUUCUUAAUAGUCAAAUGCACCUGAUACAUAGGUACAGCGCAUGAAAGCAUAUUACACUCUAUUAUUGGAAUUUACAAUUUUGUUUAUAAUAAUAAUCGAGCAUUGUUCUCUAGCCCCAUGAUAAUAAUUGACCCUUUUCUGUCUUUCUAGUGCGUCUAUGAUAUUGUAUAUUUUACUCAACAUUAUUUAUUUGUUAACUAGAAUAAUGAAAAAGUUAAGUAUUACUUUGUAAAUAAAUAUUUUAAAUGAUU